AGCAGUAGAAUCUGGUAACCAAAGCAGAAGUUUGAAGCCAUGGAUGAUUGUCCUUCUUCUUGCAUUAUUAUUAACAGUGGUGGCAGUAGUCUUUGGUCUUCUGAAUCAGUUCAUAGCCUCUGGCCAUAAAAUGGAGUAUUUUCAUAGUACCAUUAAAAUUUCAGAUCUACGAGUAAGUAGCAAUUCUGGACAAAACACAUACCAAUUUAAGGAUUUAAGAGAGAUGAGUGAGAAUUUGGUAGAUGAGAUAUUUAUUGAUUCAGCCUUGAGCAAGCAUUAUAUCAAGAACCAAGUGGUCAGAUUGACUCCAGAGGAAGAUGGAGUAAAAGCAGAUAUCAUUAUGGUGUUCCAGUUCCCCUCUACCGAGCCAAGAGAAGUAAGAGAGAAGAAAAUCCAUAGAAUCUUAAGUCAGAAGAUAAGAAACACAAGAUCCCUGCCAAUAAAUGCUUCUUUGGUUGAACUUAAUGCAAUGAGCUCAUCAACAGGAAAACUAACUGUCCAAGCAUGUUGUGGAAAACGAGCUGUUCCUUUAAUAGUUAACAGAAUAAUGUCUGAGGACAUAGCAGCUAAGUCAGCCUGGCCUUGGCAAGCUUCCCUUCAGCGUAACAACAUACAUCAGUGUGGUGCCAGCUUGAUCAGUAGCACGUGGCUUGUUACAGCAGCACACUGUUUUAAAAGCAGUGCCAAUCCUCGUCAAUGGACGGUUAGCUUUGGAACAACAAUCAACCCUCCAUUAAUGAAAAGAAAUAUCAAAAGAAUUAUUGUCCAUGAGAGAUAUCGUUCCCCAGCAAAAGAAUAUGACAUUGCUGUUGUACAGUUUUCUCCCAAAGUCACCUUCAGUGAUGACAUACGUCGCAUUUGUUUGCCAGAAGCUUCAGCAGUCUUCCGACCAAAUUCUACCGCUUACAUUACAGGAUUUGGAGCUCUUUACUAUGGAGGGGAAUCUCAAAAUGAACUUCGAGAAGCCAGAUUGAAAAUCAUAAGUGAUGAUGUAUGCAAGCAACGACAUGUGUAUGGCAAUGAUAUAAAAUUCGGAAUGUUUUGUGCUGGAUAUUUGGAAGGAAUUUAUGAUGCCUGCAGGGGUGAUUCUGGAGGACCUUUAGCUGCAAAGGAUCACAAAGACACAUGGUAUCUCAUUGGAAUUGUGAGCUGGGGAGAUAACUGUGGUCAAAAGAAUAAACCUGGCGUCUACACAAAAGUAACUUAUUACAGAAAGUGGAUUGCUUCAAAAACAGGUCUCUAA